UCCCCUGCACCAAUCACCAGACUCCGAGUCUGUGUCCUCACCGGGAGGAUGUGGGAGGAAAGGAAGUCGGUCGGAGCUGUUCCAGGACCACCGGCAGCUGUUGAUUCCUGUGUGGACAUUUUUCCUCCCUUCUUAUCCUGCUGGGUUAGUGGUGCGCGUCCCUGAGAUGAUGUUGUCCAGCUGUUCUUCAUGUUAGAGCUCCAUCCUCCCAGAUCUCAGUGAGAUGGUUUCUUAGGGCCGAGGAACCUUUGAGCCUGGAGGAUCAAAUGUCUCCAAGCAGGAACCCUCUGAGCUCUGCAGCCUUCCUGAUCAUCCUGAUCAAAGUCCACAGCACUCUCAGCCUCACAUGUCAUCCAGCAGAGUAUCUGAUAGGCAGUGAGUGCUGUCCCAGGUGUCUUCCAGGGAGUCGAGUAAAAGCUCACUGUAACGAGUACAAGAGUACUUCCUGUCUGCCCUGUGUGGAUGGAACCUACACUGAUAAACCCAAUGGACUGGAACAGUGCACUUCCUGUACGAGCUGUGAUUCAGGUUCUGGUCUGAAGGUAAAGAGGUCAUGUACAGGAACAUCAGACACAGUCUGUGAACCCCUGCAGGGAUUCUACUGUAUCUACUCUGUAGGAGACGACUGUGAGACAGCACAGAGACACAGCAGCUGUGGACCAGGACAGUACAUCAGCAAACAUGGAACAGCCUCCACAGACACCGAGUGCUCCGACUGCAGAGCUGGAACCUUUUCAGAUGGAACAUCUCCAUCCUGUCAGCCACACACACAAUGUGAAGAUCUAAACCUUCAGGAGAUAACAGCAGGAACAUCUGCAGCUGAUGCUCAGUGUGGAGAACACAGUGAUGGAGUGAUAGCAGCUGUUGGUGUCUCUGUGGCUUUGGUUUCCAUCAUUGCUGCUGUUUUAUUAUUAUAAUGGCAUUUCAAAAGGAGGUUUAGCACCUAAAGACAACAGAAGUGGGAAACAUCAUGGAGCCUGCUGCCAUCUCCUAGACUCCAGGAUAGUGGGUCGUUGUGUUUGCAGAGGUCAGAGGUCAAAGACCAAGCUGAGCUUCCUGCUUCCUCUUCCUGGAUCAUCAUGUCACUGCAGUCACAAUAAACCUUGGAGUGUGUUGGUCCUCAUGAAGCUCCUGCUGACACACUCUUGGUCAUGUGACUGCACACAGACUCACACAGAGCUCAGAGCAGGAUGUGGAGAUCAGGCUCACGGAGAGCACUGACUCAGACGGGAGUGAUUUCAUUGGCUGAACAAAUGGGUUGUUUCCUUUUAUUGUGAGGAAGCUUAUAUGGACUUCAGUCAUUCCUGCAGUGAACAUUCCUACAUUGUUCCUGUAACAUGCAGUGAUGUCAGAGUGUUACUGUGAAUAUGAUUAAAGCAGAGCUGUGCUAACAGAAGGUCUGUGCACAGAUCUGUGUUUGAAGCAGGGAUCCUCACAUCCAGGCCUCGUGGCCCGGUGUCCUGCAGGUUUUAGAUGUGUCUGCUUCAACACACCUGAGUCAAAUAUAGAAGUCAUCAGCAGGACUCUGGAGAACUUGACUGCAUACU